AUGUCGGGUAUACUUGGUUUGGGUCACAACAACAGUGAAGUCAAUGAACCACAAAUUAUACCUGAAUUAUGUGACAAAAAGGUUCAAAAAUUUAUUAUUGGAAUUGGAUUUGCAUUGUGUAUAACACUUGAUCAACAAAUAUAUAGCUGGGGUUGGAAUAAAUACAAACAAUUGGGUAGACAUACCAUCAAUGAUGAUGAAGGCAAAAAACCAGCUAUCAUUACAUACCUAAGCGAUAAAUGUAUUAUUGAUAUCACUUGUGAUUCACAUUAUUCACUGGCAUUGACCAGUGCGGGCACUGUCUAUGGAUGGGGUAAUAACACAUACGGACAGUGCGGUUGCGGACAAUAUGCUCUAUGCAUUGAUAGUCCGACUCGUGUUAUAUUUCCCGCAAAUACUGUCAUUAAAUCAAUUUAUUCAUACAAUUGUAAAUCAUUUAAAAACGAUAAGUUUUUAUCGAUAAGUAUGUUAGAAACGGGAAGUUUUGGUCAAGUAUUUAAAGUUAAAAAUAAAAUAACAAAUAAUUUGUGUGCUAUUAAACAACUCAAUAUAAAUGAUGAUAAUCAAAAACAUUGUUUUGAAAAUGAAAUCAAACAACUGGUAAAACUUCAAUCAGAAUUUGUUGUCAAACAUUAUCACUCGUGGAUUGAAUCAAAUAAUAAUCUUUACAUUCAAAUGGAGUUAUGUUCACAAAGUCUUAAAGAUUUGAUUAAAUUGAAAGCAGAAAUAUUUAAAAGACAAUCAAAUGAACCGAUUGAUUGUAUCGAGUAUUACAUUACAAGUCAUAUAAUGUUAGAGAUGUGUGAAUGCGUUGAAUAUCUGCAUACAAGACAACCACCAGUUAUUCAUCGCGAUCUCAAACCCGGAAAUAUACUCAUCAAUGAUAAGCCAUUAGAUAAUCGUUUUAUAAAACUAUGUGACUUUGGUUUUGCAACGGAUCACAACCGUACGGACACACAUUCAGACAGUCAUACAUCAAAAGCCGGUACUAAAUACUAUACACCUCCUGAAAGAAAUGGACGAAAUUAUAACGAAAAGUUUGAUAUCUAUAGCUUAGGUAUUAUCGGACUGGAAUUAUUUGAUAUUAAUUUGAAUGAUGUAAAUAUUUAUAGAGAACAAUUAGUUAGUAAGUAUAUGACUAAAUUAAUUCAUUUAUUAAUAUCGAUGACACAUAUAUUGCCAACCAAUCGACCCACUAGUACACAGAUUAUCAACAAUUUAUGUCAACAAUGUAUGUUUGAUAACAGAUUUUUGUUAAAAAAUACCAAUAAUUUUCAACAAAUUGUCGAAAAUCUUGAUAUACAUGAAUUUUAUGCAAACUUUUUCAAAACUAAAAUACGGUAA